CUUUUUCAUGACUGUCGACACAACUUGUUUUUUUUUUUGUUUCUGUUUUAGGUGGUUGAUAAACAUAAUUGCCUUCAAAAUAUAUUGCUUCUAAGGUUUCUUUAUUCAAUGUUGUUUUGACUUGCUACAUAAAAGGUUCACCAGUGCCUUUUUUUUUUAUCUUAUUUUUUAUAAGCCUGUGGUUCAUUGCGUGUGUAUGUGUGUGUGUGUGUGUGUGUGUGUGUGUGUGUGUGUGUAUGUAAUUUUUUUUCGGUCUCUGAAUCUGUCAAAGAACUUAAACACUAGCAUAAACACACUUUCUUUUCUCUUCAAUGGAUUUACCAUCAAAGAAACGCCUCAGACGCACAAAGAAACUACAAUGUCAAUUAGAAAAAAGAAUUGACUUUGUUGACUCUGUUUUCUCAAAAGAACUUGUGCUAAAAGUGUUUAGUUUCUUAUCUUCAAGUGACUUGGCUCAGUGUGCUGUAGUCAGUCUUCGUUGGUCACAGAUGGCCAGUGAUGAAAUGUUAUGGAAACCGUUGUUUAUGAACCAAUUUGAAGCACAAGAGAAUAUCACUCAAAAAACAACUGCUACGCGAUAUGGAGGCAGCUGGAAAACCAAAUAUAGAGUCCAUCACAACUGGUUACUAGGCAAUCAUGAUAUACAUGACAUUGUCCAGUAUCAAGACAACACUUCACCUCAUCAAUUACAAUUGAUGCAUGACGUGCUGUUUAUUUCGCAACAAAGUUCAAUUGAUGUCUAUAGAACAGAGGGACCUGUCUUAUUACGACAAUUGCAAUGCACAUCCUGUGUUACAUUCCUAAAACUAGUGGAAAGUACCCAUACACAUCACUUAGUAGCUGGUGAUGCGAAUGGUGGAUUGACAUUAUGGGAAAUCAAAGGAUCUUCGUCUAUGGAUUUGGAUAUAGUAGAAAUAGCCACUUAUGCUACAGAACAAAACAAGGUCAUCUCUGUUGGCAUGAACUACCCGAUAUUAGUUACCUUUACUCAUAAUAGAAAACUCUCUGUCUUUCGUCUUCAGAAUCUCACUUGUUCCCUUAUUCAAUGCUUACAGAGUCCAAUGGAUUGGUCUCCUAUGAUCAUGGAUAUCCAUGCUAUAGCAAAUCAACGCUGGAAAGUUGUGUUGUGCUUUGGUUCUUCUCAUCAUGAUACCGUGGGGAUGCAAGAAAUAGUGCUGAAUUUGCACCGAGUCAUAUCCUCAAGGCAAGGCUUUUGUCCCCUUUCUUUUCCAUGUCAUUCUUUGUCAGACCAAAUCACAUCCAUGGUGUAUGACUCACCCUAUCUGAUUACAGCUCACACAAAUAACACAAUGAAACAAUACAUUGUGUCGAACCGAGGGUCACAAUUAGACAUUCGUUUUCAACAAACACUGUAUGGCCAUACAUGUCGAGUCGAUGCACUUGCUAUUACCAAGCAUAAACUCAUCAGUGGUGAUCGAUCAGGCAUUUACAUAUGGAAUCUAGCCACAAAGCAACACAUCAUGACACUCCGUAUGUACCAAGACCAGUCUAGCCUGAACGAAUUGCCUGAUGCUCAUAUGGAAACACUUGGUUUUGAUGAAGACAAAAUAGUGGCUGUUGUACAGAAUGACAAAGAUGGCUUUAUCUAGUUCUUCUAAAGAAGGAAAUUUAUGCUCAAACUCGUCUACAUCUUCAGUGGACACCGUUCUUUGGUGUGUACGGAACCGGGCAGGUUUAGGUGGUGGUGCAGGCUUGUUUUUCUUGCUUGUGCUUGUACUGACAGUAGGUGUAGGCUUCACAUACUGUGUGUUUCUGCUUGCGUUCUUAAUGGCCAUGAAUCGAGCUUCAAUACUAGAAGAUACAUUACGAUUGAUUUUAGGUUGUGAUUGUAGUAUUUUAGUAGC